AGUCUCUCUUUAUUUUUUUUUUCUUUCUCUCUCUUGUUUAUCUUCUUCUCUCUCUUCAAAGCAGCCUUUGAAAACCCUAGACGUCCUCGAAUUUCGAGCUUAGUUUUGUCUAGGAAAGCUUCAAAAUUUGAUAAAUUGAGCUCAGAUUCAUGCUAAUUUGUGAUUUAUCAGUGUUUAUUUUCAUUUGAGUUUAAAGCUCUGAGCUUUUUUUUUUUUAAAAAAGAAAAAUCUUCUAGUUAUUUGGUCUCUGGAUCAGCUAGUUUUGGGAUUUUGGAGCUUAAAAGAUGUCUUCUUUAAGCAGAGAAUUGGUGUUUCUCAUACUUCAAUUCCUUGAAGAAGAGAAAUUUAUGGAGUCUGUGCAUAAACUUGAGAAGGACUCAGGGUUUUACUUCAACAUGAAGUACUUUGAGGAAAAAGUUCAGGCUGGAGAAUGGGAAGAAGUUGAAAAUUACUUAUCAGGAUUUACUAAAGUUGAUGAUAACAGAUACUCAAUGAAGAUAUUCUUUGAGAUCAGGAAACAGAAAUAUCUCGAAGCACUUGAUGGGCAAGAUAAGGCAAAGGCUGUUGAAAUUUUGGUUAGUGAUUUGAAAGUAUUCUCGACAUUUAAUGAGGAAUUAUACAAGGAAAUCACUCAGCUUUUAACUCUUAGCAAUUUCAGAGAAAACGAGCAGCUAUCCAAAUAUGGAGAUACGAAAACAGCUCGCAGCAUAAUGUUGAUAGAGCUAAAAAAACUCAUAGAAGCAAAUCCUCUUUUCCGUGAUAAGCUUGGGUUUCCUACUUUGAAGUCAUCAAGAUUGAGGACUCUAAUUAAUCAAAGUUUAAACUGGCAGCACCAGUUAUGCAAGAAUCCAAGGCCAAAUCCAGACAUUAAGACUCUAUUCACUGACCAUACUUGUUCACCUCCAAAUGGUCCUCUUGCUCCUGCACCUGUCAACCUUCCAGUUGCUGCUGUUGCAAAGCCUUCUGCUUAUCCAUCUCUUGGGGCACAUGGUCCCUUUCCACCAACUGCAGCAGCUGCUAAUGCUGGUGCCUUAGCUGGUUGGAUGGCAAAUGCUUCUGCUUCUUCAUCUGUUCAAGCAGCUGUUGUCACUGCAUCAUCCAUGCCAGUUCCACAAAAUCAAGUUUCAGUCUUGAAACGGCCAAGAACACCACCAACAGCCCCGGGUAUGGUUGAUUAUCAGAAUCCUGACCAUGAACAACUGAUGAAACGCUUGAGACCUGCCCAGUCUGUUGAUGAGGUUACAUAUCCGACAUCUCGGCAGCAGGCAUCUUGGUCUCUGGAUGACCUGCCAAGGACAGUAGCUUUAACCAUGCAUCAAGGUUCAGCUGUCACAAGCAUGGAUUUUCAUCCUUCUCACCAAACAUUGCUUCUUGUUGGCUCUGCUAAUGGUGAAGUUACUCUAUGGGAACUUGUGCAACGGGAGAGGUUGGUUUCGAAGCCCUUCAAGAUUUGGGAAAUAACGUCCUGUUCACUGCAGUUUCAGGCUUCUUUUGUCAAAGAUGCACCGGUUUCUGUCAACCGCGUUACCUGGAGUCCUGAUGGAAGUCUUGUGGGGGCUGCAUUUAAUAAGCAUUUGAUUCACUUGUAUGCUUAUACUGGGUCAAGUGAUCUACGCCAGCAAUUAGAGAUUGAUGCCCAUGCUGGAGGUGUUAAUGACUUGGCUUUUGCUCAUCCAAACAAACAAUUAUGUGUGGUAACCUGUGGAGAUGAUAAGCUAAUAAAGGUGUGGGAUUUGGGGGGACGGAAACUGUUUAAUUUUGAAGGUCACGAGGCCCCGGUUUAUUCUAUAUGUCCUCAUCACAAAGAGAACAUCCAGUUCAUAUUCUCAACUGCUAUUGAUGGAAAAAUAAAGGCUUGGCUAUAUGAUAAUGUGGGAUCUAGAGUCGACUAUGAUGCUCCAGGCCACUGGUGCACUACAAUGCUUUACAGUGCUGAUGGUAGUAGAUUAUUCUCUUGUGGAACAAGUAAAGAAGGGGAUUCUUUCCUAGUUGAAUGGAACGAAAGUGAAGGAGCAAUAAAAAGACAUUAUGCUGGAUUUAGAAAGAAAUCAACAGCAGGUGUGGUGCAGUUCGAUACCACACAAAAUCAUUUUUUGGCUGCAGGUGAAGAUGGACAGAUAAAGUUUUGGGAUAUGGAUAACACCAAUGUACUUACAAGCAUUGAUGCAGAUGGUGGACUACCGAGCCUUCCUCGCCUCAGAUUCAAUAAGGAAGGAAAUCUACUUGCUGUUACUACCGCAGAUAAUGGGUUCAAGAUAAUUGCAAAUGCUGCUGGUCUCAGAGCACUGAGAGCAGUAGAAACUCCAGGUUUUGAAGCAUUAAGAUCACCGAUAGAAUCGGCUGCUAUCAAGGUUUCCGGUGCUUCUGGUGUUGCAAACAUUAGUCCAGUCAAUCUGAAAGUGGAAAGGAGCUCUCCUGUCAGGCCUUCUCCUAUUCUUAAUGGAGUUGAUCCCAUGAGUAGAAGCAUGGAAAAGCCGAGAACUGUGGAUGAUGUAAUUGAUAAAACAAAGCCAUGGCAGUUGGCUGAAAUUGUAGAACCUGACGAAUGCAGAUUAGUUACUUUGCCUGACAGCACAGAUUCUUCCAGCAAGGUUGUUAGACUUUUAUAUACAAAUUCUGGUGUUGGCAUUUUGGCUCUUGGGUCAAAUGGUAUUCAAAAGCUCUGGAAGUGGGCACGCAGUGAUCAGAAUCCAAGUGGAAAGGCCACUGCCGGUGCCGUUCCGCAGCAUUGGCAACCAAACAGUGGUCUUCUUAUGGCUAAUGAUGUCUCAGGUGUUAACCUUGAAGAAGCAGUUCCAUGCAUAGCACUUUCAAAGAAUGACUCAUAUGUAAUGUCAGCUGCUGGAGGAAAGGUUUCACUCUUUAACAUGAUGACAUUCAAGGUUAUGACAACAUUCAUGUCUCCUCCUCCUGCCUCAACCUUCCUAGCAUUCCAUCCUCAAGAUAAUAACAUCAUAGCCAUUGGAAUGGAGGAUUCAACUAUCCAUAUCUACAAUGUUAGAGUGGAUGAGGUGAAAUCAAAAUUGAAGGGUCACCAGAAGAGAAUAACUGGUUUAGCUUUUUCCACCAAUCUUAAUAUUCUGGUUUCAUCGGGUGCCGAUGCUCAACUUUGUGUUUGGAGUAUUGACACAUGGGAGAAAAGGAAAUCAUUUACAAUUCAAAUUCCAGCAGGAAAGGCACCUACCGGGGUAACCCGAGUACAAUUCCACUCUGAUCAGACCCGCUUACUGGUGGUUCAUGAGACCCAGUUAGCAAUAUAUGAUGCCUCCAAAAUGGAUCGCAUUCGGCAGUGGGUACCACAAGAUGCGAUGUCUGCACCUAUAUCUUAUGCAGCAUACUCCUGCAACAGCCAAUUGAUUUUUGCGUCCUUUCGUGAUGGUAACAUUGGGGUGUUUGAUGCUGAUAGCCUGAGACUAAGGUGCCGUAUUGCUCCAUCAGCAUACUUAUCACCGGCUGUCUUGAAUGGAAGCCAAUCCAUUUACCCUCUUGUUGUGGCUGCACAUCCUCAUGAGACCAACCAAUUAGCUGUAGGGUUGACAGAUGGCUCCGUCAAGGUGAUGGAACCCAAAGCAUCAGAUGGAAAAUGGGGAACAAGUCCGCCGGUGGAUAACGGGAUACUCAAUGGCAGGACGACCUCAUCAUCCACUACAAGUAACCACACACCAGAUCAGUUACAGAGAUAAAAUUCCUUGUAUUCUAUUUCUUAGUUUGCAUCUGUAAUUUACCGACAUAGAAAUUAGGUUCCUAGUCCCUAUAUGUCCCUUAUCAAAGGUAAGUUCGGACAUGAAUGAUUAGAGAUAUACUCAUUCUUGUAUACUAAUGUCUAGUUAGCUGUAGUUAUUUAAUUUUUUUUCUGUUGUCCCUCCUCGAGUGACAUGCUCGUUCAAACAGUUAUUGUAUUGAUAAUUUGUUUCGCCUUCAAAUAAAACUCAAAUUGCGAUUGUGAUUC